CCCGGCACAGGGGAGGAAUGGGCGGCCCCCACCGCUCAGAAGAACAGCUGCCACCAGUGUCCGGGGCAUGAGGGAGACUGCUUCUCCAGGCCACCCUGAGGAGGAGGCCGCUCCCUCCGGAAACACAGGCCAUGUGGGGCCCCCAGGGGCUGCUCCCGCUCUGGUUCCUGGUGCUGGCGGCGGGGGACGCCGAGCGUGCCUACCGGCCUGGCCGCAGGGUGUGUGUCAUCGGGCCUCCCAGGGGCCCCGUGUCCGAGUCCUUUGUGCAGCGUGUGUACCAGCCCUUCCUCACCACCUGCGAUGGGUACCGAGCCUGCAGCACCUACCGGACCCUCUACAGGACUGCCUACCGCCGCAGCCCUGGGCCGGCCCCCGCCCGGCCUCGCUACGCCUGCUGCCCCGGCUGGAAGAGGGCAGGCGGGCUGCCCGGGUCCUGUGGAGCAGCAAUAUGCCAGCCACCAUGCCAGAACGGAGGGAGCUGUGUCCAGCCGGGCCGCUGUCACUGCCCUGCGGGAUGGCGGGGCGACACCUGCCAGACAGACGUCGAUGAGUGCAGGGCCAGAGGGGGCGGCUGUCCCCAGCGCUGUGUCAACACCGCGGGCAGUUACUGGUGUCAGUGCCGGGAGGGGCACAGCCCAUCUGCGGACGGGGCACUCUGCCUGCCCGAGAGAGGGGCCCCCAGGGUGGCCCCGAACCCCGCGACAGGAGCGGACAGUGAGGUGAAGGAGGAAGUGCAGAGGCUUCGGUCAAGGGUGGACGUGCUGGAGCAGAAGCUGCAGCUCGUGCUGACCCCGCUUCACAGCCUGGCCUCGCGGGCCCUGGAGCACGGGCUCCCGGACCCGGGCAGCCUCCUGGCCCACUCGCUCCAGCAGCUGGACCGCAUUGACUCUCUGAGCGAGCAGAUCUCCUUCCUGGAGGAGCAGCUGGGUUCCUGUUCUUGCAAGAAGGAGGUGUGACAGUCCGACCCAGGCCCCCCACCCCCUCCGCUCUGGCUACCAAGAGCCCGAGGACACCGGCCGCACCCCGCCCUGCCCUGGGCCCUGCCCCGCCACCUCUCCGACCAGGAAGGACCCCCUGCCCCGCGUGGUGAGGGGGGAGUGCGGGCCCUCCCGUGCGAAUCCAGCCGCAGCCCAGCCAGCACUCUGGCCUGUGAGCAGAGCCCGGCCAGACCCCUGCGCCCCCCGGCCGGCUCUUGGGGCCUGGGGGGCCCGCGGCUGAGGAAGGUACGAGGGCUUCCUGCCCAGGGCCUGGCGUCCGUGCUGCUCACCAGGCAGCCCUGAUCACUGUCAGAAUAAAGUGAG